AUGUCCAUAUGACAGCACUAUAGAGCCUUGUUGUACAAAAAUUGAAUACUUUGGAAGAGAAGGCUUUGUGGAUCUCUGUGUGAGUUUUUAUUUCCCGUGUUUCUCUUAAUUAUUUUAGCAAUUAUAAGAGAUGGAGUUGGGUUUAGUAAGCAUUCUGCUAAAUCUUAUAUUUCUCCAUCAGCUAUGACAGUAUCCGAUGAUGAUAAAAAUUAUUUCAGCUCAUCUUUCGAUCCACCUGUAAAAUUCACAGAUAACCCUAAAGAUCUCUCAGAAAACUAUUACAGAAAUUACUACUCUAAAGAAAACGUCUGAAAUAUUGCAUUUGUAAAUGAAGGUCGAGGAUCAUUUGCAAAUGAGAUAAUCAGAGCACUUAAAGAAAAAAUUGGGAAUUUGGAAAAUCCUUAUAAAUUUACUAGUUAUUCAUCAGAGCAAGACUUAGAAGAUUACAUAGAAAGCAGUGACUAUGGAGAAAAUGGAACUCCGAAAAUAUGUUUUGCUAUAGUAUUCUAUAGUUCUAGUCCUUACAAGAUAGAGUACAGCUUUAGGUUUAACGUAACAGAGUCUUACCAGAGUGGAAGUCAAAGACUAGGGGACUACAUAAAUAUUUUUGAUUUUGACUCCUACUCAAAAGCUACUGAUAAGUAUUUGAGGAAGCCAAUGCCUUCAUUCCAGUAUAAUUAUUUUGGGUCAAACUUCAUACAUAUAAUGAAUUAUAUUGACAAUUAUAUACUAUUCUGUUUAAAUUGAAUAUAUUUAAAAAACUUAUUAUAAUGAAAUGUCAAAAUUAACGUACAUAUUUAUUGUAAGUUUGUAUAAAAACGUAUUCAAAUAAUACAAACCCAUAUAUAGCAGCUGGUUUUGUUCCUAUGUAUUAUGACGACUAUGUAUCUGAUGAUUUCAUUUCUCUGAUUUCUACCAUGUUGCCAUUUUUUGUGGUUAUUUCUUAUUUGGUUCCAGUAUAGCGUAUUCACCUAAGUGGAUAGCCAUGUGCCCGAUGCCUCCGAGAUGAUAAAGGGCUGGUAAAAUCAACCCUUGAUAUGGGAAAUCCAUCAGAUAAUUUAGAUUUGCUAUUUCAAAGGUGGUUUCAAUGACAUUUGUUGGUGAAACGUCAACUCCUAAGAGAGACUAUAUUUGAUUAAAUGCAAAAAUGGAUCAAUCUAUGAAAGAGAAGUUGAAAGCUACUAGAAAUUUGAAAUGGGUAGGAAAUCAACAAUUGAUUAUGGUAGGGUAAAGAAAAAAUUUCUUUCUUUCAACCCCUGAUCAUCUUGAGAGAUGUUGGGCAUAUGGCGAUCCAUUAAGGUGGAUAUACUAUAUGCAGAAUGGUGUCACUAAUUGUACAAGAAAAAGAAUAUAAAAUCAAAGAGAUGAUGAUGAUUAUGGGACUUUCAAAUAAGGCAUAUUGGCUAUCAUGAUAUUGAUUCCAAAAAUAAGAUUAAAAAGCUUAUCAAGCUAAGGCCAAAGGUCUUUAGGCUUAUAGUCAUGCAAUUUUUUAUAAUAAUUAACUUAUCUAUCAUGAGUUACCUAUUAUUUCACAGUCUACACCUUAAUCGCUAUAAUCGGUGGCCUCAUUUCAAUAAGCCUCUUCAAGUACAGUAAUGCUGGAAUGCUACUUUUACUAUUUUGGCUCUAUGGUAUCAGCUGUCUAACUUUUAGCAUCUUUAUAAGCACUUUUUUCUCAAAAUCCCGUAGUGCUGUUAUGCUUGGUCUCAUGGCUUUUCUUGUAAGCUAUUUCAUAAGUUUCGCAGUAACUGGGUCUUCUAGAGAUCAAGGCUCAAAAACCGUAGCGUCCAUUUUCCCAAAUGUUGCACUCACACUAGGCUGCAAUGUUUUAGCUAGUUCCCAUCUUUAAAUUUAUUUAUAAAGUAAAAAUAAUGUUUAUGCAAUAGCUUUGAUGUUCAAUUAAUAUGGCUUAAUUUUUAUAAAUUGAAAUUUGGUCAUUUUAAAAGAAAGAAAAUAGUAUUUGCUCUUUAAUUAAUAAAUUUUAUAAAUUAAUUAUUAUUAAUGAAAAAUAUUAUAUAUUUCAUAAAAAAUAUAGUCUUUUAAAUUUCAAUAUAUUUUUUAUUCCAUUUAAAGUGUUAGAGUAAGCUAGAAGAUGGGCAAGAAGGUGUCCAGUCAUCAAAUACCUCAACUAUUGUAGAGCAUUAUUCAUUUGGGACUUGUCUAGCUUUUCUAGUAGUGGAUUCAAUUCUUUUUAUUCUUUUGGCAAUUUAUCUUGACAUUGUGUGACCUACUGAGUGGGGUGUAAAAAAGCCUUGAUAUUUUUUAUGCACAAAAUCCUUUUGGUGUAGAAACCGAUAUAAUAAAUAUGAAGAAGAUUUUAAUGAAGACAUUAAGUGGCCUGAUAAUGUAGAGCCAGAAACUGAUUUAAUGCAAAAACAGAAAGAGAAUGGCCAGGCUUUGAUUAUUAGGAAUUUUAUAUUUUAUUAAAGUGAAUAUAGGAGCUUCAUUAAUUUUUUAUUUAAAUUUAGAUAAUUAAUGCAAAAGGGAAUAAAAAAGUUUUUGGAAAUAAAACCGUCGUUGAUGAUCUUAGCCUUGAUAUUUAUAAAGGACAAAUUUUUGCUUUAUUAGGGCAUAAUGGUGCAGGAAAAACUACUACGAUUUCUAUGAUGUGUGGGCUUAUACCAACUACUUAUGGAGACAUGAGAAUCAAUAAUCUGUUUCUAUCAAAAGAUUUGAGCCAAAUAAGAAGGUAUCUUGGAGUUUGCCCUCAGCAUAAUGUAUUGUUUAACGACUUAACACCUGAGGAGCAUUUAUAUUUAUUUGCUGUAUUUAAAGGAAUGAAAGAUAAAAAUGCAAUAAGUGAUCAAAUAAAAGAAAAAUUGUCUGAAGUCGAUUUAAUAGGUAAAAAAGACAGAAAAUCUAAGUUUUUGUCUGGAGGAAUGAAAAGACGACUUUCAUUAGCUAUUGCUUUAAUCGCUGAUUCUCCGAUUGUAUUACUAGAUGAGCCUACAUCAGGUAUGGACUUAACCGCAAGAAGGCAGAUGUGGGAUAUGCUUAAAAACAACAAAAGUAGCAGAAUUAUUAUUCUCACAACUCACUAUAUGGAAGAAGCUGACGUUUUAGCUGACAGAAUCGCAAUUAUGUCGCAAGGAAAGCUCAGAUGCCUAGGCAGUUCUCUUUUUUUAAAAAAAAGAUAUGGCGUCGGCUACUAUUUAACUAUUGUCAAAGAGGUAGGAGUCUCUAGUAAAUCUCAUACAAGAAAAGUCACAGAAUUCAUCAAUUCUUGCAUCCCAAAUGCAGUAUUAAUGAGCAAUGUCCAUGCUGAAAUUACGUUUCAAAUUCCUACGUCAAGCUCUUCUAAGUUCACCACAUUUUUUUCACGAUUAGAUUCUAGCCUCCGUAGGCUUAAAUUACGUUCAUAUGGAGUCUCUGUUACAACCCUUGAAGAAGUCUUUUUAAGAGUCGCCAGAGGUGAUGAUCAAGAAUUAAAAAAAAAAUCUAGCUAAUUCUGUUUAAUUUUUAACAGUUUGAAUUUAAAAUAUAAAUUUAACAAAUUAAAUCUCCAAUUUUAUAGAUUAAUUUAAUUUUAAUUAGAUUAUGGCCAUAAGACUUACUGUUUGACCUUACCUUUAUGAAUUGGAUUUUUUAAAAUUUUGAAAAAAUAUUAUAUAUAAUUUGUUUUGUUAGCUUAUAGAGGGGGGAGAGUAAAGAAAACAAAUCGAUGAAGGGGUUUCACUUGACAUUGAUUUUGUGCUGUCCCGCGAUAGGCUACAAGGAUCACUAUUUAUGAUGCAUUUAAAAGCACUGCUGCGGAAGAGAAUUUUGCUAUCAAAAAGGGACAAAAAAAGCUUGAUCUAUGAAAUUUUUAUUCCCAUUGUGUUGGUUUUUGUAGGACUAGCUUUAAUGAUGAUUAGUAGUGGUUUUAAAACUCCUGAAAAGCAUUUAUUAUCAACCUCUCUUUAUGACCAACCUCAAUCCCCUUUAUACUAUUUUCAAGAAAAUGCUACAGUUAAUGGCAAUUUCGCUAGUCUUAUAGACUCAGAUUUUAAAAAUACAGCAAACAGCCUUCAAUGGUUUGACAAAUAUCUAUUUGACCACAGAGCUGAGCCAGAAAAUUAUAGAAUGGGAUCAUUUAUUUACUUAUUAAUUUUUUCUUAUUUUUAAUGUCAAACUUUGGUAUUUUUUUAUAAAAAGGAUCAUUUUAUUUUAAUAAAAUGGACACAACUAACGACCAAUAUGAAGCCAUAAUUUUCCAUAACCAGUCAGCACCACAAGCUACUGGGGUUUACUAUAACAAUAUAGCAAACCAAAUCUUUGCAAAUUUAGGGACCUCGGUAACUGUGACUGUUUAUAAUUAUCCACUACCAUACACAAAAAAGGUAAAAGACCUUGCUAAUACUGGGGACGGGUUUAUUGCUUCUAUAGUCUUUUCACUGGGAUUUAGCUUUAUUCCUACAGGAAUUGUAGCAUUAAUUGUAAGGGAAAGAGAAACUAAUGUAAAGCACCAACAUAUGAUCAGUGGGGUAUCAAGAUUUUCUUAUUGGUGUGCCAAUUUUACCUGAGACUCUUUAAAACAUUUUAUACCAGCCAUUAUUUGUUCAUUAUUAGUACAGCUUUUUCAGGUAAAAAUAUAUACGUCGCCUUCAAAUAAUUAUGGAGCUAUUUGAAUUUUAAUGAUUUUUUAUGGAAUAGCUAUAGCGCCAUUUACUUAUUUUACCAGUUUUUUCUUUAAAAGUUACCCGACUGCACAGAUUAUGACUAUUUUAUUCAAUGUGGUGGCUGGAGGGAUUUUUCCAGCUGUAGUGAUGGUUUUGUAUAUUUUUGACUCCACAAGAGGCCUUGGCAACUUUCUCAGGUGGCUUUUUAGGUUUAUCCCAAGUUUUUGUUUUGGGAAUGGUUUAAUGGACAUAGGCAGCUCCAGCUUAUAUGCAAGCUUAGACGGUAAAUCCUCAAAAUAUGACGCUUUUGACAUAAACUCCGCUGGAGGAGACAUUUUAAUGUACUUUUUAAUGAUCCCAAUCUACAUGCUCCUCGUCUAUCUCCAAGAAUACCUCGAAACCCACCCCAAAAUUCUCCAAAGAUUCUGGAAAUCCCCAGAAGUUGAGCCAAGUGCCUUUGAAAUUGACGCUGAUGUCGAAAAAGAAGCCAGAAUCGCCAUAAGUGCUAAUCCAAAAGAUAUCCCAGUUAACGUCAAAGGGAUCCGAAAAAUUUUCAGAAUUGGUCUAAAAGAAGCCUUUGCAGCUGUAGAAGACGUCAGUUUUAACGUAAACCACCAAGAAUGUUUUGCAUUUUUAGGGGUAAAUGGUGCUGGAAAAACCACGACUUUUAAAAUGCUGACUGGAGAAAUUGCACCUACCCAAGGGGAGGCUUUUAUAUGUGGGAACAGUGUAACGAAAGAUCUAGACCGUGCUAGAGAGCUAAUAGGGUAUUGUCCUCAGUUUGACGCUAUAUCAGACUUAUUGACCUCUAAAGAGCAUUUAAGGCUGUAUUGUGAUAUAAAAGGGAUCCCCAGGGAUAGAAGAGAAGCACUAGUAGAAGAAAUGGUAGACCAAAUGGAUCUAAGACAAUAUGCAGACCAGCGGUCUGGGACCUAUUCAGGAGGAAAUAAAAGAAAAUUAUCAGUCGCUAUGGCCCUGAUUGGAAACCCUGCAGUUGUGUUUUUAGAUGAGCCUUCUGCAGGGAUGGACCCAGAAACCAGAAAAAAAAUGUGGAAGGUGAUUGGGAACAUAAAAAGUAAAAAUUCAUCUGUCAUUUUGACGACUCAUAGUAUGGAAGAAGCCGAAGCUUUAAGUGAUCGUAUGGCAAUUAUGGUCGCUGGGAGGCUUAGAUGUCUAGGAACAGCUACUUGGAUUAAAAGCAAGUAUGGGGAUCGCUAUGAAUUUGAAGCAAAAGUCCAUGUGCCAAGUACUUUUGAAAUGGCUGACAAAGGGAAAAUUUUAGAUAGAGUACUAAAAGGUGCUCCUUUGGUAAAGAAAGACCAAGUGGAAGAGUGUUUAAGCUUGUUAGGACUAAGGUCGCUAUAUGCAGAAAUCCAAGAAAAAGGGGCAGGGUCUUCUUUAUAUCAGCAGCUAAAAAAUGAUGAAGCUGUACAUAGAGAUGUUUUAGUAUCCUGGGCUAUCAUUGAAGAGAUGGGUGAUAAAAUUUAUUAUUGGCUGAAAAGCGAAUUCAAAAAGGUCGAAAUAAUGGAACAUUUUUCGUCAUUGUAUAAGUUUAAGGUUGCAAAAGAAGCCCAAAAAUCAAUUGGGUAUUUUUUUUCUAUUGUAGAGACAAAUAAAGAAAGACUAAGAAUCACAGAGUAUGCGCUAGCUCAAAGCUCGCUGGAGCAGAUAUUUAAUGAUUUUGCUAAAAAAGGAGAAGCGGAGCAAGCUGGAGUUAUGAGAAGGUUUCAAGGAUAG